CAAAAGCAGCAACACCCUGUGGGAACGUGGUGGGAGAGCAGAUUCCUCGGCCCUGUCUAGGCAGACUCUACUAAGCUAUCAAGAGGUCCUCAUGCAUGUGAAAAUUCAAAGGACUUGGAUUAACUGUAGCCUACUAAAUUAUAGAUCACUCUGUACUGAGAAAUCCAGUCAAGAUUUUAGAAAUAACUGAUAGUGCUCCUCCCCUCUCCUGCCUAGCUCCACCCCAGGGGAACAUCCCUACUUACUUGUUUCUCCUCAUUCAUCAUUUAUGGGGAUGUUAUCACUUUAUGGGGCUGGUACUUAGUAUUAGACUUGCUAAUGAGCCUGUGGACACACUCUUGCUGCCUGUCAUUCCAUGUAGUUACAGGUAGACUGUGUGCAGCACGAAAGCUCAGCCGCCGACCUUCCAUUGUCGGCAAACAAGCAAGAGGGUCCAGAGGUGUCAUCAGUGUGGUCAACAGAGGGCAUUUUCCCCCCUUUGCAAAAGAGCCGAGAAAGACCACUUUAACAAGAAGCUAACAUCUGCAGGGAGCAGCUGGAUGGGAAAGGUGAUGCUGGCAGCUGUCUUUGCAGACUCCAAUUCCAGCAUCAUGAACGAGUCAUUUGCUUACCUCCACUUUGCAGGAGGGUACCUGCCGUCUGACUCCAAGGACUGGAGGACCGUUAUUCCGGCUCUCUUGGUAGCUGUGUGCCUGGUAGGCUUUGUGGGGAACUUGUGUGUGAUUGGCAUUCUCCUUCAUGGUGUUUGGAAAAGAAAGCCAUCCGUGAUCCACUCCCUGAUUCUGAAUCUCAGCCUGGCAGACAUCUCUCUCCUGCUCUUUUCUGCACCUGUCCGAGCCACAGCAUACUCCAAAAGUGUCUGGGAUCUAGGCUGGUUUGUCUGCAAGUUCUCUGACUGGUUCACCCACAUGUGCAUGGCAGUGAAGAGCUUGACAAUUGUUGUAGUCGCCAAAGUGUGCUUCAUGUACGCAAGUGACCCAGCCAAGCAAGUGAGUAUUCACAACUGCACCAUUUGGUCAUUGCUGCUAGCCAUCUGGGUUGUAGCCAGUCUACUUCCCCUGCCAGAAUGGUUCUUUAGUACCACCAGACAUCAUGCAGGUGUGGAAAUGUGCCUCAUGGAUGUGCCAGCUGUGGCCAAAGAAUUCAUGUCAAUGUUCGGUAAGCUUUAUCCUCUCUUGGUGUUUUGCCUUCCUUUACUUCUGGCCAGCUUUUAUUUCUGGCGAGCUUAUGGCCAAUGUAAAAAACAAGGCACAAAAACUCAAAACCUUAGAAACCAGAUGCGUUCAAAGCAACUCACAGUGAUGCUGCUAAGCACUGUGAUCACCUCUGCUCUUCUGUGGCUCCCCGAAUGGGUCGCCUGGCUGUGGGUAUGGCACCUGAAGGCCGGAGGUCCACUGCCACCACAGGGUUUUAUAGCCCUGUCUCAAGUCCUGAUGUUUUCCAUCUCAACAGCAAACCCUCUCAUUUUCCUAGUGAUGUCUGAAGAGUUCAAGGCAGGCUUGAAAGGCAUUCGGAAAUGGAUGAUAACCAGAAAGCCUACAGUGGUCUCAGAGGCUCAGGGGGCACCAGCUAGAAACACAGAGGCACUUCAGGACAAGGCUCCAUCUCCAGAGCCCCAGACAUCCAUUGCAGAGACAGAGAGACGUGGCUCUCCCAACUCCAACAAAGAGGAAACAGACAAGGCAGGAGUUCCCAUUCUCCCUGAUGUUGAGCAGUUCUGGCAUGAGAGGGAUGCUGCCCCUCCGGCAGAGGACAAUGACCCCAUACCCUGGGAACAUGAAGGCCGGGAGACAGAGGGCUGCAAUUAACAGACUUAAGUUUCAAAAAAAAAAAAAUCAUGCUUACUUGUACUGCAGCUUAGCAAUAUCGCUGACUUAUAAACUGCCAUUAGAAAUACUUCUUUCUGCAUUUUCAAACUAUAUAAUCUGGUAAGUAGAAUGGCACAUAGUUUUGCUUAAGAAUUCUCUGCCUAAAGAACUCACUUCAAG